AUGUUUGCUGCCAGGACUUUCACCCUUCGAGCUCCGGCAUUUCGCGUACUCGCACCGUUCCGUUCGGUGUCGACCUUAGAAGGCCACUCUCACAUCUAUGUAUUUCCUUCCAAUGGAAAGCAUAUUCUAUCAUUGCUCCCGUCAGAGCCUACGAACCCCGAGCUGUCGAUCGGUGUGACCUCCAAGCUUCCCCCUACCACCGACUCAUUCCAAGAGAACCCGAAAUUCUUGGAAACAUUGCAGGAGGUGAUCUCACAGUACGGGUAUCAAGAUCCAGAUGCGAUCUCCCAGGCCCAGGUCAUGGUCUCUACUGCUGGAGCUAAUCUAAGCUCCGGCGGUGUCCUGUUGACGGGUGCGCGCGCACGCAGACGGCAACGCUCGGCGGACUCGAGCGGAGGCGCUAGCGGCCAAGGUGGUGCUGGGUCUGGGGGGAGAGGAGGUUGGAUCCAUCUCUCUGAUAAUAGACGGCCGCCUGAGUAUGGGCGUAUUGCAUGGCCUGAGGAUAUCUUUGGGAGUCUGGAAGUCGACAGUGACGGGAGUUUUGUGGGAGAGAAUGGGAAUUACCAGCCAAGCGGUACCUACCGAAUCAUCACGAGAGACGGAAUUCUCGGGUUGAGCCCUUUCCUCAGAGAGAAGCUGGUCCAGAGACUGCGUGAACAGGAAAACAAGUAG